AUGAACCACAGACAGUACGGCUUCACACCCCAAAAAAGUACCGAAGAUGCCCUAUAUGACACUAUGGCGCUAAUAAAAAAAGGACUAAAAGAGAAAUCCAUUGUUGUACUGGUGUCGUUGGAUAUAGAAGGCGCGUUUGACAAUGCCUGGUGGCCAGCCAUUAUCAAUGAGCUUCACUCCAAAAAUGUUGACGCGUCUAUGUUAAGGCUCAUAAUUAGCUACUUGUCGGAAAGAGAAAUACACCUCAAGUACGCUGGACAAGAAAUUAAGAAACCGACAAAUAGAGGUUGCAUCCAAGGCUCUACAUGUGGACCCAUGUUCUAG